UCCGCCGGGGCCGCCUCCGCCUCCGCCUCCCCCCCCUCCCCGCCAUGGCGGCGCUCGUGGCUGCGCCGACUGCGGCGCGCUCUCCGCCCCGGCCGAGCUCGGGCCGGCAGAGCUGAGGCGGCCUGGGGAGCGGCUGGCGCGGCCCACCCAUGUCCUCCCAGGGGGCGGAGGAGCCCCUGCCGCCCACCCGUGCUGCGGCGGCGGCGGCGGCGGUCAGGGAGGCGGCUCCGUCGGCCGCUCCGCAUUGUGCGCCGCGCGGCGGCACCAGCGGCGGGAGUAGCAGCAGCAGCAGCAGCAGCCCGGGCAGCGAGAGCGGCGGCCCGGCCCGGCGGGAGCCCCCUUGGCCGCCCCUGGCCAGCCCCAUGAAGGAGCCGGGCGGCGGCGGGGAAGGAGCCUCCGCCGCCGCCGCCGCCGCCGCCUCUUCUCCGGAAGGCAAGGAGGGCGCAGGAGGGGCCGCUGCCCCCGCGGCGCAGGUUGAGGGCGGCAGCAAUUGCAGCGGUGGCGGCAGCAGCGGCGGCAAUGUUGGGACGAGAGCCUCUGUGGGCAGGGAGCGCUUGAAGAGGUCCCAGAAAACCAUGAAAGCAGAAGGCUGCGACCCAGCCGUGCCUCGAGCCUCGCCUAGCGAGGACGCAGCAGCCAUGGCCGCGGUGAAGGUGAAGACAGAAGUCCCCGAUGACUACAUCCAGGAGGUGGUCUGGCAGGAUGACCCAAAGGAGCCGAAGAAGAAAGGCGGCGGGGUAGCCGAGGUGCCUGCGGAAAUUUGUGUGGUGAUUGGUGGGGUCCGCAACCAGCAGACUCUCGGUAAGCUAGGGUCAUAUGAGUGUGGAAUAUGUGGAAAGAAAUAUAAGUACUACAAUUGUUUCCAGACCCAUGUUCGAGCUCACAGAGACACAGAAGCGGCAUCAGGUGAAGGAGCUUCUCCGGGGAAUAACUUUAGGUACACCUGUGACAUUUGUGGGAAGAAGUACAAAUACUACAGUUGCUUCCAAGAGCACAGAGAUCUGCAUGCGGUGGAUGACCCCUACGACCAAGCAAUGAUUGCCAAGGAGGAGGUGAAAGAAGAGGAGCCUGAGCCCUUUCAGAAGAUUGGUCCAAGUAUGAUUGACCGAGUUUGCAACUUAAAAACGGGGAACUAUACCUGCGAAUUCUGUGGCAAGCAGUACAAGUACUACACCCCUUACCAGGAACACGUGGCCCUUCACGCACCAAUCAAGUACUCUCGAUCUCCACUCUUCGUGGCUGUGAAGACCCAGACGAGCCAAUCGGGCAAAAAAACACCGACGGCGCCUAUAAUCCGGUGCUCCACCCUCCUCCACCGCACUCCCUCCGGUAUCCCACCGGCGGCGUCCCCGUCACAGACGUUCCGCGCUCCAAAUUCUGGAUCCCCAGGAAGCAAGGCCACCACAGUAGAAAGCGCUUUCAGCCGAAGAGUGGAAAGCAAACUGCAAAACAACUUCGAAGAAACUAACAGCAGCUCACAGAACUCCAGUGAAACAGCCAGUCCUCUGGUUUCAAAUCCUUUGCCGCUUUUGCAAAAGCCGUACACCUGUGGGGCCUGUGGCAUCCAGUUCCAGUUUUACAACAAUCUCCUUGAGCACAUGCAGUCUCAUGCAGCUGACAAUGAAAACAACAUUGCCUCAAACCAGCCCAGGUCACCUCCAGCGGUGGGGGAAGAGAAGUGGAAGCCUCAGCCGCAGAGGAACAACUCCAACAAUACAUCAGCUGGCAGCUCCCUCCUGAACAGCCCGAUCCCGGAGAAGGAGCGGCAGAACAUAGCAGAGCGGCUGCUGAGGGUGAUGUGCGCUGACCUGGGGACGCUGAGUGUGGUGAGCGGCAAAGAGUUUGUUAAACUGGCGCAGUGUCUUGUUGACAACGGUGCUCGCUACGGCGCUUUCUCCGUUACGGAGAUCCUUGGCAACUUCAACACGCUGGCCCUCAAACACUUGCCCCGGAUGUACAACCAGGUGAAGGUGAAGGUCACCUGCGCUCUUGGAAGCAAUGCCUGCUUGGGCAUCGGUGUCACCUGCCACUCGCAGAGCGUUGGCCCCGAUUCCUGCUACAUCCUGACGGCCUACCAGGUGGAAGGCAGCUGCAUCAAGAGUUACGUCCUGGGGAUCAAAGGGGUGGACAUUCGCGACAGCGGGGAUUUGGUCCACCACUGGGUGCAAAACGUGCUCUCCGAGUUCGUUAUGUCCGAGAUCCGGACCGUGUAUGUCACGGACUGCAAAGUGAACUCCUCCGCGUUCUCCAAGGCGGGCAUGUGCUUGCGCUGCUCUGCGUGUGCCUUGACCUCCGUAGUGCAGAGCGUGCUUAACAAGCGCACCCUCCAAGCACGCAACAUGCACGAGGUCAUUGAGCUGCUGAAUGUCUGCGAGGACCUGGCGGGAUCCGCAGGGAUCUCCAAGGAGACCUUUGGCUCCCUGGAGGAGACCUCCCCUCCCCCCUGCUGGAACUCCAUCACGGACUCUCUGCUGCUGGUCCACGAACGCUACGAGCAGAUCUGUGAGUUUUACAGCCGGGCCAAGAAGCUAAACCUCAUCCAGAACCUCAACAAGCACCUGCUGAGCAACUUAGCCGCCAUCCUGGCUCCGGUGAAACAAGCCGUCAUCGAACUGAGCAACGAGAGCCGGCCCACCUUGCAGCUGGUGCUGCCAACCUACGUGAAACUGGAGAAACUCUUCACCUCAAAGGCCAACGACGCGGGCAUUGUCAGCAAGCUGUGCCACCUUUUCCUGGAAGCCCUGAAGGAGAACUUCAAGGUGCAUUCAGCUCACAAGGUAGCUAUGAUCCUGGACCCUCAACAGAAACUGCGCCCGGUGCCCCCUUACCAGCACGAGGAGAUCAUCGGCAAGGUGUGUGAGCUGAUCCACGAGGUGAAGGAAUCUUGGGCCGAGGAGCCCGAUUUUGAGCCCGCCUCCAAAAAAUCCCGGACUUCCAGCGAGAGUUCUCCGACUCGGGAGGAAGACCGCUCGGGCAAAAGCGAGGUCUAUGAUUACUUGCAAGAGCCCCUUUUUCAGGCGGCCCCGGACCUCUUCCAGUACUGGUCCUGUGUGACGCAGAAGCACACCAAGCUGGCCAGGCUGGCCUUCUGGCUCCUGGCAGUGCCCGCUGUGGGGGCCAGGAGCAACUGCGUCAACAUGUGUGAACAAGCCCUCCUGAUUAAGAGGCGCCGACUGCUGAGCCCCGAGGAUAUGAACAAACUCAUGUUCUUGAAGUCCAACAUGCUUUAAAACAAGGUGUUGGGGGGGGGGGUUGUGGGAGGGGGCACACGCCCUUCCAGAACACUGUUCCAAAUCCAGAAUCCACUGUGGACCUCAUUCGGAACGCCCUGGGAAAUUUUAAAAAAAAAGUGCUUUUGAUACACAUAUUGAUACCUCUAAGAUCAGUGUUUCUCAACCUUGGCCAACUUGAAGAUGUCCGGACUUCAACUCCUAGAAUUCCCCAGCCA